AGUUUGAUGGUUCAACCUACACUGUUGUCAAAGAUCAAGGAAGCAUAACAGAAAGAUUCAAGAUUGAUGGAGUGGAUGAAGGAUAGUGGAAAAAGCUCCAAAAUGGGUCUUCAUAUUUCGGAUGAUGGAAUCAUAAGACUUGGAGAUAGAAUUUGUGUUCCAUAUGAUGAAGGGUUGAGGAUAGAAUUGCUCCAAGAAGCACACAAGUCCAAUUAUACCAUUCAUCUUGGGAGUACCAAAAUGUAUCAUGACUUGAAAGAAACAUUCUGGUGGAAAAGCAUGAAGAAAUUGACAAAGUCAGCUCACUUUAUGGCUAUUAAACAAAAAUACCCAUUAGAUAAGUUGGCCAAGCUUUAUGUUCAGGAGAUUGUUAGACUCCAUGAAGUCCUAGUGAGCAUUGUAUCAGACAGAGAUCCAAGGACUAUUCAAGUGCUCGAAGACAUGUUGAGAGCUUGUGCAUUAGACUUGCCUGAAAGUUGGGAUGAUCAUCUCCCAUUGGUGGAGUUUGCUUAUAAUAACAGUUAUCAUUCUAGUAUCAAAAUGGCACCUUAUAAGGCUCUUUAUGGUAGGAGAUAUAAAACUCCAAUUUGUUGGGCAGAAGUUGGUUAUGGAAGGGUAAUGGGGCCUGAUUUUGUGCAGAAAACAACAGAAAAGGUGAAAUUAAUUCAACAGAAGCUUAAAGUGGCUCAAGACAGACAAAAGAGUUAUGCAGAUAAUAGAAGGAGACCUCUGAAAUUUGAAGUUGGAGAUCAUGUAUUUUUGAAGGUGUCACCAACUAAAGGAGUGUAUCAGUUUGGCUUGAAAGGAAAACUCAGUCCGAGGUACAUUGGCUUGUUUGAGAUUCUUGAAAGGGUAGGUGAAGUGGUUUAUAGAAUUGCAUUGCCUUCAGAAUUGUCAAAUGUGCAUAAUGUAUUUCAUGUGUCAGUUUUGAGGACAUAUGAGCCGAAUCCUUCACAUGUCAUAAACUAUGAACCAUUAGAGUUGAAGGAAGAUUUGAGUUACACCAAACAGCUAGUAUAGAUUUUGGAUAGGAAAGAAAAAGUUUUGAGGAACAAGACUGUGCCUUUGGUGAAAGUGUUGUGGUAGCAUCAUAAUGAGAAUGAGGCUACAUGGGAGCUUGAAAGUCAAAUGAGAGGGUAGCAUCCAAAUCUAUUUUGGUAAGCUAAAUGAUUUGGUGGGCCAAAUCCUUUUAAGGUGGGGAGGAUGUAACAUCCCACAUAUUUUAGUAAAUAAUUUAAAAAUUA